AUGGCAGCCCCGUCCUGGGUGCCUGAGCGGUCUGCACAGUGGCAUUGGCUGGGGCAAAAGGCUGGUGGGCGCGUUUACGAUGGCAAAUCCUCGAUCAGCUGCCAAUCCGCAUUGACCAUGGAGAAUUUUGACAUGCAGCUCGUGUGUACCCAGGGUGGAGAUUAUUGUUGA